GGCCAUAUUAAAAUGUGUGGUAUUGACGCUGGCUACACGCUGCUACUUUUCCUGUGACCCCAUGUACUACUCAUCUACCGUGGACGUGGAACAAGUUAAGUUUACGUGGCAGCUGUCUAACUUAUUUGAUUUGUCCUUCACAUGGUUUAGUUUUCAUUAGCCGCAGAUCGGAAUAGCGUCAGCAUAACGUAACGAGUCGAACUCUUUUAGGUUGAAAUGUGAUGCCACUUAGCUAGCAAUCCAGCAGGACUAACGUUACAGUUCAGUCCUCAAAGGCUCCUGAAUAGGUUUAAUAGGCAUUGUUGUCAGCUUUGUAACGUUAACGUCACAUGAGGACGACCUCAUCUCUGCUACAUUUUUUCUCUUUGCUAUACAGUAGUUAGGUGAUGUUUUGGUAGAGUUAAGAUGCUUACUCAUAGUCAAAUUCAGUGUAGUAUCAGCUAGCUAACCCUAGCUAAAUUGUUGUGACAGCCACCGAUACUACCGGCUAUCGAAGCAAGCCCAUGUUAGCUUAGUUACUGUUAUCUGACUUCACCAUGGCACCUAUGGGUAUCAAGUUGUCCCCUCUUGGAGUUGCUGUGUUUUGUUUGUUAGGACUUGGUGUGAUCUAUCACCUUUAUGCAGGAGUGAUCUCAAGCAGAAUAAAUUCGUUUAGACAGCGGAAAAACGUGGAUUUACGCGAUUUAUUAGCUCUUUCUAUCGAAGCUGCUGUCGAAGGUGGACGUGAAGUAAAGAGAAUCCGUGAGGACAACGAUCUCGAGGAGAGGUCGAAGGGGAAAACGAAGGAGGGGGCCAGUGAGAAACUUACAUUAGGAGAUUUGAGUUCUCACCGCAAGAUGUAUUACCUCUUCAAAAACACUUAUUCAUUUCUGCAGGUGAACUCAGAGGAGCACGAGGAAGUAGAGAGAGACCUUGCGGUGUGGUCACGUGACAUUCCCAAUGAUGUCCAGCAGAAGGUCAGAGCAAGUAGGGAGGUGGCUGCAGAUAGGAUCACUGUUUGGAUUGAUCCACUGGAUGCCACACAAGAGUACACAGAGAACCUCAGGAAGUAUGUGACAACAAUGGUCUGUGUGGCUGUAGAUGGUGAACCCGUCAUCGGUGUGAUUCACAAACCCUUUACAGGAUACACUGCUUGGGCUCUGGUUGGUGAUGGUGCCAAUGUACUUCCACGAUCGGAAUACAGCAUUAAUGCGCCUAAAGUCAUCGUCUCCCGUUCUCAUGCAGGCAAAGUCAAGGGCUUCAUUGAGGACGCCUUUGGAAACAAUACUGUCAUCAUUCCAGCAGGGGGCGCAGGUUACAAGGUGCUUGCCCUUCUCGACCCCCCCGAUGAGGAGUAUGAAGAGGCAGAUAUCUAUGUCCACAUCACCUUCAUCAAGAAGUGGGACAUCUGUGCCGGCAACGCAAUUCUAAAAGCGCUCGGGGGUCACAUGACCACGCUGAAAGGACAAGACAUUGAUUACUCGGGGUCUGAGCGGAAUGACGGGGGGCUGCUUGCUAGUGUCAAAGUGGACCACAAAGCUCUGGUGGACAGGCUAUCUAGCGUCGAGAAAGAGAAACACUAGAUAUUCUGAACACACAUUCUGAGUUGGAUAGGAUGUCUGAUAAACUGAUGAAGCAACCACCAAACACUCUUGAGCUAUAUGUUGUAUAACUAUUCAUAUUAUUGCUUUUGUAUAAUGACAUGGUAAUAUAGCAAGUAGCUCUACAUGAUUGUUCUAUAUUGUUUCUGUGAACUGUAUGGGUGAAUGAAAAUGAUUCAUGAUUUAGUUUUUUUGUUACGAGUGCCUUUGGCAUUAAAAAAACUGAAAGGGGUUCAGCUGCAUUAGACUGGUACUUGAUAUUCCCACAGAUUGAGUUGGUUUUAGAAUCUGAGAACUAUGAGAAGUGUUAAAAGUAAACAAAUUGACAGGCCAGGCAUGUUCAGAGGAUGCUAGUCGCUAGCAUUUAGUAAUACCUGAGCCUAUUAUACAGUUGGGUCUAAUAGAAUUACAAUGACUAAUACAGUGAUGUUGACAUUUAAACUCUUCUGAUGUGGGAAGUAGCUAGCUAGAAGUAUCCUGGAGGUAGUGCUUCAUGUUCCAACUCUGAAUUAAAUUUGAAUAAAUUGGCAUUACUCUUAUUCCAUAAAGAGUUAAAGUAUUGCUCUGAGGGCUUAUCUUGUGGGUGUUUGGACCUGAUGCAUCUGCAUGAAAAUUAGUUCUGAAACGGGACAUUAUUAAGGCUACUUCCCUUAAAAUGUGUAGGGUGUUUACCUUCGUGCUAAAAUGUGCAGACAGUGACGAACUGGUGUGUUGUGUCUGUAUUGAUGGUUGGUGCCUGACUACUGCGGUUGGACCCUUGGCUUUCCAAGCUGUCUGUUCUCUCACUCCCAACCCUGUCUCUUACUGUAUGAAUGCUUUUCAUCUUAUGCUCUUUGUAUGUUUGAUCCAAGUGGAACUCAAGUCAAGAAUCAAGUCUGCAAACUAAACACAAAUUUGUAGGUACUUACUAUUUGUGCAUAUUAGAAACAUUUAAGACGGCUUUAAAAAUAGGCUUCUUUCUCAUUCGGUAGCCGGUUACAGUGCUUCUCAUGCUAUUUCAAUAGUGGUUUCAACAGUCAAUGAGAUUGAAUAUUUGUAAAUUAUUUCUGGUAAUGGUAAUAUAUGUAUGUUUAAUAUAUUUCAUCCAUUCUUACAACAAUACAAUGAAAGAAUGUAGUCUGAUAAUUCUGUUGAUGUGAUGUAUGUCCUUAUACACAAUGGGUCAAUCUGGUGUCCUAGCACCUGUUAUAACAUAAAUUCACUGUGAUGAUUAUGACUUAACACUGUCAAGCUUUGUUUUGGCAAAUUGUUGAACAGCUUUAUGUUUCCAUUGAAGCUGUGGUGAAUAUAGUCAUAUAUAUGUCUUUUUGUGUGUCUUGUGGUGAGCAUGAAGUAUGAAUGACAAAUCAGAGGGUGAUGUUUUACAUUUCUGAUUAAAAACCUUUAAAUACUGCAUGAAGUCUGUAGAUAAUAUGGGCCUGUUGAAAGUCAUAGAAUACUACCAACCGUUAUUCUGUAACACCAGAGUGCAAACAUGCCUUUGGUAUGAUCAGUAUAUGUGUAAAUCCAAUUGGGCUGAUUUUUAUUUGGGUAUUGUUUUUGUGCACAUCAUUUUGGUAAAGUCUUGACAAGCCCUGAAAAUGUGUUUAAUUAUCUCGGGCAUGUUUACAUUAUUUAGGAGCAGCCUGAUUGGAGUUAUUGAACAAUUAGCACAAUAAACAAAGAAGGUUUAUUAUGCCCAUUCUCACCUUU